GCUCGCUCGGCCCGCGCCAGUGUCCGCCAGACUGCCGAGCGCGUCGGGCCUCCCGCUUCCCCGCGCCUCGCUCGGCCACGCCGCGUCCCGUGAUCGAACCUUACAAAACCUUAAGUUUACAACCGUCGCGAGUGCAUUAUGACACUAGUGAGCUAGCGGGCCGCUGUGACGGUGUCAAAUAAUUUAUGUGUAUGUGUUCACGUGCUUGUGUGUUGUGUUAGGUUGGGCCCGUGACGAAAAACGUUCGUGGUGGCCAGCGGAGCCUUGCACCCGGGCUCGGGCCGAGCUUUCAUGGCUCAGCCUAGGUACGACGAGACCCUCCACGGUGGAGGAUACAUGGAGGGAGGCGCGAUGUACCACGAGCAUAGACUGACGCACCCCCACCUCCCUCCAGUGCACUACCCCCCGCCGGCGGCGCCCGCGCACGCGCUCCCCGGCGAGCCACUAGUCCACAAGAGAGACAAGGACGCCAUUUACGGGCAUCCUCUGUUCCCCCUUCUCGCCCUGAUCUUCGAGAAGUGCGAGCUGGCGACGUGUACGCCGCGGGACCCCGGGGUGGCCGGCGGUGAUGUCUGCUCCUCAGAGUCCUUUAACGAAGAUAUCGCAGUUUUCAGUAAACAGAUACGCCAAGAAAAACCUUAUUACAUAGCAGACCCAGAGGUAGACUCAUUAAUGGUGCAAGCAAUACAAGUACUCCGGUUUCACCUAUUAGAAUUAGAAAAAGUUCACGAGCUGUGCGACAACUUUUGCCACCGUUACAUCAGCUGUCUGAAGGGCAAGAUGCCCAUCGACCUGGUGAUCGACGAGCGGGAGUCGGCGCGGCCGCCCGACGCCAACGGCGAGCCCCGCUCCGCGCCAGACAGCAGCCACGACGGCGCCUCCACUCCCGACGUCAGACCACCGUCAUCGUCGUUGUCCUACGGCGGCGCGGUGAACGACGACGUGCGGUCCCCGGGCUCCGGGGGCACGCCCGGGCCCCUCAGCCAACCCCCGCCGCAGACACUCGACGCGACAGAUCCAGAUGCGAUGGGCAAAUGGUGCCCGUCGCGGCGCGAGUGGUCGUCGCCGCCGGACGUCGCGCGGCGGGUGUACUCCUCAGUGUUCCUGGGUAGCCCCGGUGAGUACCCAGGAGAUGCUAGCAAUGCGAGUAUCGGCUCUGGGGAGGGCACAGGCGAAGAAGACGAUGACACUAAUGGCAAGAAGAACCAAAAGAAGAGAGGGAUCUUCCCGAAGGUUGCGACGAAUAUACUGCGGGCGUGGCUUUUUCAGCACUUAACGCAUCCGUACCCGUCGGAGGACCAAAAGAAACAAUUAGCACAGGACACAGGGUUAACGAUACUACAAGUAAAUAAUUGGUUUAUCAACGCGAGACGUAGGAUAGUGCAGCCAAUGAUAGACCAGUCAAAUAGAGCAGUGUUCUACCCGGCAGUGUUCCCGCACGCGGGGCCCAGCGGCGCGUACAGUCCGGAGGCGACCAUGGGCUACAUGAUGGAUGGACAGCAAAUGAUGCACAGGCCCCCCACGGACCCCGCCUUCCACCAAGGGUACGCGCACUACCCGGCCGAGUACUACGGCCACCACCUCUAAUGCAGCCUGCACGUUUGUACAUAUAUUGAUAACGGAGAGAGUCCGGCGCAGCGAGCCGAGGGCGGCACUCGCGCGACGCUCGGCUCCGGAGCGAGGCCGGCCACCGCGCCUCUGUGAUACACGACACCGGCACGCGACACGGACGCGCGACCACGCGGGCCCACGCACGCCCACGCGCUGCACACGCGCGACCCAUGCGCCACUCCCGCGCCACACUCGCGACACCACACUACAGGAGAACGAUGCUACACUGUACAUAAAGCGAUACCUUUUGUAAUAUUUGAAACAGUAUACGAUCUCCUAAAUUAAGAUUUAAAGUCAACUUUAAUGUUUAAAUUAAAAUGUAAAUUUACGCGACUCUAUGGACGAUGUAAUAUAACUGGUGCAAUCACCUAUUAUAAAUAAAUAAAUAAACGGUUUUAUCACUCGGAACAAUAAGAGCAAAGUUGAUGAAUGUAACAAUAAAAGUGGUUUGAUAGUUAACGUAUAAAUAUUUAUAGCUAAUUGUGUAUUGUUAUUAUUAAAUAUAAAUAAAUAAUUGAAUAGUUGUAAGUUGUAACUAUCACUGGAAGUACUUGGGUCGCUGUGGACAGAUGGUAAUAGAAAUGGGACUUUUUGUAAAGGAGUUGUGUAUGUAACUGGUUUAUUUUGAUAUGGUUUUUUAACAACUUUCGUUGUACGGGGGACGCCGCGGGGCCGGAGAGCGGCUAGUCCGCAUGAGGAACUCGCUGGUCGAGUUCGUCGCUACUCUGUCGCCCGCGAGCCGUUCGUGAGUCGCUCGCGAAUCGCUCGCGAGUCGCUCGCCGCUCGCCGGUCGCGCGCCGCCCCUCGCCUUAACCUAACCCCGCGAAGUACUUUCAUAUCGAAUGUGUUGCGUCUGUUACCUACCAAUUAAUUUAUUCAAUAAUCAUUAUUGUCAAGCUCAAACUGUACUUUUCUAUAUGAACGUCAAUUUCUUAUAUCUUAAUUUUAAUUGUCCGAGAAGCAGUUUCGUGUUUUGCGUUACAGGUGAAGUACAUAUCUUGAAUUAUAUAUAUAUAUAUUUAUUAAUUACUAUAUGUAAUGAUAUUGUGAAUCGGAUAUCAUUGUUUCACCUUGCCUUGGUGUUCAAUAAUGUAGCACAAUUUGUAACCGAUGUAUACGAUAACAAAAAUGAUAUUUUACAAUGUUAAAAUGAAAAGAGAUUUUUAGGUAUAUUUUUGUCUUGGGAAUACCUGACAUCGAUUGCCUUCUACGUUACCAGGAGACCAUGAAUUUUUAUUGUUCUUUCGCGUAGGGCUGGACAAUUAGAAACUGAAGUGUUUAUGCAACAUUGUUGGUUAGGACUAUAUGUUUUUUUUUUUUCCUAAUUAUCCAGCCUUGCCGCUUAUAUGUUUAUAGUGAAACAAGAGUCGUGUGAUUUUUGUGACUGAUAAGAAUCGUGAGCUUCUCCUAGAUUAUUACAAACCGUUCAAUUGUACGUUCCGUGGUCACAGACUAUAUCUACCAUUUUAGCAUGCAGUACAUUGUAAAAGUAUCACGUGUAUCGUUUUAGAUUAAGCCACGGAACUAAAUUAACGAUAUUACUAAAUAAACAUGAGAAUACGUUAAGGUAAUGCGUCGCAUUACAGCCUUAUGCCAUGUAUACGAACGGGAGCUAUAAAAAUGUCAAAAUGGUCUUAGCUACGGUAUAACUUUGAUAGUGGAAUAAGUUAUCCGGAAACAAGCUUUAUUCUAGGGUAAUUAAACCACCAUAUUGUCUUGUGAACCAGGCGUGACACGUUUGUUUUGUGUUAGUGGUUGAAUAUUUGAGUUUGUAAGCGCCAGCGCUGGUGGCUCCAUCUCGCGCGUCUCGCGCAAACCAAUCGUGUCACGGCUCGGUGUAUCAUUUAGAAAAGGUUUGUUAUCUUUUGUAAAUAUACUUAUCAUGAAAUACUUAUAUAUUUCAUCGUUUUACCUUUGUAUAUUGCCGUUUCAUUUCCAGUGCAGUCUCAGUAUUAAAAAUUGGAAUCGUUUGGAAAAAAAAACAUAAACAACAUAGGCAUAGACAUUUUCUUUCACAUGCAACACCAGACUUUGUUGAUAAUUUCCCUUUUUAUUAUUGUUAUUUGCAUUGCGUGUAAUAUAUUUUUAUUAAGAGAAAAAUCUUAAAUAGUAGUUGUUAGGUAUUAAUGUAUUAAUUGAAGAAGUUUAUUUUGAUUUUUCUCUUUAUUAUAUAUGUAUAUGUACAUUAUAUAUAAUGAUUUGAAAGUCAUCAAGUUAUUGUAAAUAUAGCUACUAAAAAUGAACAUUGUACGUCUGUCAGCGGAAUAUUUCAAUUAUUAUGGAAUGGUACGAGGAGAAAAGUUAAUUAUAUAUUUGUAUUGUAUAAUUUUGGCGAGGUACAUAUUAUUAUAAAUAUGAAAUAUACAUAAAUAGUGAACUGGUUUAUAUAAUAUAAACGAUAGCAACACCCUCGCGCUGACGGAACGAGUGGAGAAACUGGCGAAACUGUGUCGGCAUUAUGAAUGCUACGAAUUGUGUAAAAAAUAUUAAAACCUAA